UUGGACCAAUCGUUUUGCUCGUUGUUGAGAGGUAACCUAACUUCUCGGAGGUUCAUACCUUCUCUCCAACAUGUCUUCAUCGGAGGCUAAUAAUGGCCCGAGCCAAGCGCCGACUUAUCCAGGUGUCCCCCCUUCAACAAUACCUCCCCCAUAUAUGGGACCACCAGGGAUACCACCGCACUUCCCACCCAUGGGAAUGCCCCCCAUGGCACAGCGACCUCCCAGCAUGACCCCUAUGCCGCCUGGUAUAAUUCCUCCUGGCAUAAUGCCACCGAUGGCAGCCCCUCCAAUGGGACAGAUGCCUGCCAUGCUGCCGCCCAUGAUGGCGGGGAUGAUGAUGCCCCCUCGCAUGCCAGCUGUGGCUGUCCAACCAACGGGACCGCCUGGUGUUGACACCACAGUUGCUGCUCCUGGAACCACUAGCACCACAAAUGGAUCCCCACAGGAAGAACAGUCAAAGAAGAAGUCCCUGUGGACAGAGCACAAAUCACUGGAUGGGAAGACCUACUAUUACAAUACUGAGACAAAACAAUCCACAUGGGAGAAACCAGAGGAUCUUAAAUCUCCAGCAGAGCAAAUGCUGUCAAAAUGCCCCUGGAAGGAGUACAAGUCAGACACAGGGAAGCCUUAUUACUACAACUCUCAGACAAAGGAGUCUAGAUGGACCAAACCCAAAGAGCUGGAGGAUCUGGAAGCUAUGAUCAAAGCAGAGGAGAAUGGAACGGCAGACACGGCCGCUGCAGCCCAGGCAGUGCAAGCAGAUAUUACGGCCGCUAUGGCGACCGUAAUGGAGGUGGAAACUAAAGCAGCAGUCGUCUCAGAGGAGCAGCCGUCCCAGGCGACUCCGCAUCAAACAGCUGAGGUGAAGGCUGCAGAUGCACCUGUGGUGUCCUCGGAGAGCACAGUCGUCACCGAGAGCACACCCAGUGUUGAAGUGACGAAAGAAGAGCCGCUGGAAUUUCAGAAAAAAGUGUACAAAUGGAACACAAAAGAGGAGGCCAAGCAGGCUUUCAAAGAGCUGCUGAAGGAGAAGGGCGUAUCAUCAAACUCCUCCUGGGAGCAGGCCAUGAAAUUAAUUAUCAAUGAUCCCCGCUACAGCGCACUUCCUAAACUGAGCGAAAAGAAGCAGGCAUUCAAUGCCUACAAAGUCCAAACCGAGAAGGAGGAAAAAGAGGAGGCCCGAAUUAAAUACAAGGAAUCCAAGGAGACUUUUCAACGAUAUUUGGAGAACCAUGACAAGAUGACUUCUACUACUAGAUAUAAGAAAGCAGAGCAGAUGUUUUGCGAGCUGGAAGUGUGGAGUUGUGUUCCCGAGAGAGACCGACUAGAGAUCUAUGAGGAUGUGUUGUUUUACCUGGCUAAAAAAGAGAAGGAGCAAGCCAAGCAACUGAGGAAGAGGAACUGGGAAGCUCUGAAGAACAUUCUGGACAACAUGGCCAACGUCACAUACCGGACCACCUGGUCUGAGGCCCAGCAGUACCUGCUGGACAACCCCACCUUUGCAGAGGAUGAGGAGCUGCAGAACAUGGAUAAAGAGGACGCCCUCAUUUGCUUUGAGGAGCACAUCCGGGCUCUGGAGAAGGAGGAGGAGGAGGAGAAACAGAAGACUCUGCUCAGGGAAAGACGGCGGCAGCGCAAGAACCGAGAGUCCUUCCAGAAAUUCCUGGACGAGCUGCACGACCACGGGCAGCUUCACUCCAUGUCUGCCUGGAUGGAGAUGUACCCGACCCUCAGCUCAGACAUGCGCUUUGCCAACAUGCUGGGCCAGCCUGGUAAGCCAGCGGGGCGCAGCACAUGCGCCCGCACAUGUUCAACUCCUUUAGACCUCUUCAAAUUCUACGUGGAGGACUUGAAAGCUCGUUACCACGACGAGAAAAGAAUAAUCAAAGACAUUCUCAAGGACAAGGGAUUCCUGGUUGAGGUCAACACCAGUUUCGAUGACUUUGGAUCGGUCAUCAGCUCAGACAAGAGAGCCACCACGCUGGAUGCAGGGAACAUAAAGCUGGCCUUCAACAGUCUGCUGGAAAAGGCAGAAGCCAGAGAGAGAGAGCGAGAGAAGGAGGAGGCUCGAAAGAUGAAAAGAAAAGAGGCAGCUUUCAAGAAUAUGCUUAAGCAGGCCACGCCGCCCCUGGAGCCCGAGGCUUCCUGGGAGGGAGUGAGAGACAGAUUCCUAAAGGAACCCGCCUUUGAAGAUGUGACGCUGGAGUCAGAGAGGAAAAGAAUAUUCAAAGAUUUCAUGCACGUGUUAGAGCAUGAGUGCCAACAUCACCACUCCAAGACAAAGAAGCAUUCAAAGAAGUCCAAGAAGCAUCACAGGAAACGCUCCCGCUCUCGAUCGGGCUCCGAGUCCGAGGAAGACGAGUACCAUAAGAAGAAGAAGAGGUCCCAGUCCAAGUCUCCCUCCGAACGCUCCUCCAGCGGAGAGUCUGAGAGAAGCUACAAGAAAUCCAAGAAGCACAAGAAAAAGGGCAAGAAAAGACGCCACAAGUCUGCCUCCCCCGACACCGACGGCGAGAAGAAGGGCAGAGAGCGCGACGGGAAGCGCGAGAAGGACGCAGAAAAGGACAAAGAGAACGACAAAUCAUCCCGGGGCAAGUCUCGCUCGGAGUCCAAGCAGAAAUCCCCCAAAAGAAAAGCGGCCAAAGAGGAGGGCGGCUGGGAUACGUCAGGCAGCGAGCUGAGCGAGGGCGAGCUGGAGAAAAGAAGAAGAACGCUGCUGGAGCAGCUGGAUGCGCCCUGAUUUUAAACCUCUGUUCUUUCACGUCUCCACAAACACGCAUUCCCCGCAGGCCCGUUUGACCAUGCAGGUCGCCCUCCGUGGACUGAGAAAGCAUCUCUUACUAGUAUUUCCGAAAUCCUACUUAAACUCUUCUUUCACUCUUCUUUUGUGACUAAUUUGAUGUGAGGAACCUGAUCAGCGGGUGAGCGUCCAGCUGUUGUUAGCGUCCAAUCUUUUGUUUAGUUGGCUGUAGUAGUACAUGUUUGGCCUUGCCGUUAGUUUUUCUUCUUAAUUGAAGCAUAUCUUCACGUCACACGGACUGUCUUUACAAGAACAGUUUAAUGAAACUUCACCACAGCUGCAUUCUCGAGGAAAGAAUAAAAGGGGUUUUAAUCGGUGGCUUUUUUUGUUUUUUUAAGUAAUAAAAUAUCUACCAGUGGAUAAUGUCUGAUGAGUCAGUGGCAGCAUUUGUGGUUUGACUUUUCUUUUACUUGCCUUUCCGUGUCCUUAAAAUAUCCCCGUCACAUGGUGCCGUUUUGCUAAAUGUAAGAAUAACCAGAAAAAACAUUUUUCAAAUAGAUUAGCCUUUAGCAAGGACGGCUAAUUGGUGGAGAUGUCAUCGUGUUUCGAGCAUGACCAAUAUCUCCCCAAUAAGUGAAGAGCCUGCGUCUGCAUGUCUGCUCUGAUAACCGUCCAGUCUGGCUGUGAGGACGGCUGAAUGAAAGAUGGACUCGUUUUUGGGAGGACUGUUUUGCACCCUUACUGCAGGCACGAUUUGUGACUUCACAGUUCAAAAAACACAAGUGUCACAGUGAGUACUUCUGGGUUCGGUUGAAUAGUCUUUUCUCUUUUUUUUGGUCUUUUUUUGACUGAGGACGGUCGAGUCCAGUUGCUAAAUAAAAGAGCUUUACUGCUUUCUUCAUUUUUCUUUGGUUUGAUUGCAUUGAUCAGCUGUAAUGUAAAGAGGACACCUGUAAUGAAGUCUGUUUCUGACGUUUGGAAUUAUCCCGUUUCAUAUAUCAGUACUACACCAAAGACAGCAGCACAGUGUUGAGUGGAUUCAGCUGUAACAUAACAGAUUUAAUCCUCUUUUCUUAUCCUAAAUGAGCAACAUCUUCACCAUCUGGAUUUAGUUAGAGUAAAUAAUGUGGGGGUUGCUUCAGUUAAUCAGAUCUGGGCACAGCAAUGUUAUGCUUAAGGAUCCAUUAGGCUCAAAUUGAGCAUAAGGCAUCUUUUCUUAGAGAUGGAUUUUCCACUACAGAGUCUAGAUGUUAAGCACAUUAGAACCUUUGGAAAGUAUCCCAGCUCUUUCAUUACAACUACAAAACCUUGUCGAAGUACUCAACAUGACAUGUAACAUAACACCUAACUGACAACACCAGGGUGGAUAUGGGGUGUAAUCAAAGCUGGAUGGGUUUUAUGUAUUCAUUCCUACUAUUUAACCACAUAUGAAAACACAAACUGAGUUCAAAUGCAAAGUCAUGGCUAUUGUUGAUGUAGUUUGCUUAAAAAAAAUGUUUUGUAAGUGGAGUAAAAACUUUUAAAAAAAAAAGAAAAACAGGAAACAGUUUGUAGCAAAAUAUUUAUACAAUGAAACUCUGCGUUGUGUAGUUUUGUCACGUUUUUAAUAUUACUAUGGACACGUGAUGGAAAAAAAAAAAGAGCUUCAAUGAAUCUGUUCAGUGGUUAAAUACUAUACAUUACAGUAAACUGAGUGGACACAGAAGCCUCGAUUAUUACCAAUUUGUAAAAAGUGAAGAUCCACUACAUAGUUAUGUCCAGUUUUAAGGAUAAGAUCAUCUGUUAUUGGUGCUGUCUGGAAUACCAUGCAAUUUUAAAAUGUCACAGAAAAAGUGUUAUGUUGCCCAACAGGCUCAUUUAUUCAGCUCCAUUUGUUCCCCUUAACCACAGAAGCGACUGUUCAUCAACAACAAAUGCUUUUUCUUUUUUCUUCAAAAUUUAGUUUUAACUCAACUAUAAGUAUGACGAUAACUGCAAUAAAUACAAUUCACAUUAGACUGCAUUUUCCCAUUUUUUCUUACUGUAACUAGUGGAGCUUAAAUCAUUUCUUGAUUCUUUUUUGUCCUCAUUAGCCCUUUCAAUAAUGGGAAUGCUCAUGAGAUGUUUAAAAGAAAAAAAAAACUGUUUAGGUUGCGGAUAUGUUUGUAAAAGA